AUGAUCCAGCUCCUCUUCACCUUGCUGGGCGCGGAGGCGGGCGUGGCGGCCGUCCUGCUCUUCAAGACGCCGCUGCGGAAGCUGGCGAUGCUCGCGCUCGACCGCCUCAAGCGCGGCCGGGCCCCCGUCAUGGUGCGCACCGUCGCCGCCACCGUCCUCGUCGUCCUCGCCUCCAGCCUCCACAGCAUGGCCAAGAUCCACGGCCACGCCGGCGCCGGCGAGCUCGACGCGCCCGGCGCGCUCAGCCCCACCGACCAGGUCCUCCUCGCCCGCCACCUCCUCGAGGCCUCCCUCAUGGGAUAUAUUUUAUUCCUUGCUCUCGUCAUUGACCGGCUACACAGCUACAUCAGAGAGAUGCGAGGGCUGAAGAAGAACCUGGAGGCUGUGUCGAAGCAGAACAAGACCUUAGAAGAAGCAAAAUCUGGAAGGUCCGACGAGAGCAAGCCACACCACAACGACAUUGCUUCGCUGAACGAGGAGAUCAAGAAGCUGAAGCGGCAACUGAAAGAAAAGGCGGAGGAGGCCAAGGAUGCAGAGGCCAAAGCACUAGCUGCCCAGACGCAGUCUGAAGGUCUUGCGCGCAAAUAUGACCGCCUGCUGGAGGACAACAAGCAUCUCCAUGACCAGCUGCAGUCAGGAGACAUCCCGCUGUCGCGUUCGGAUGGCAAGAAGAAUGCCUAA